CACAUCGAGUUUUUCUCCUUACUGCCCCUAAUAUAUCCCGGCCGGCUGGGGGGUUGUUUAGAAGUCCUCGUCUGCUGGCAGCACAGACCGAGUGGCAUACUCAACAACCUCUCUUUUCUUUCUACCUGCCUUUACUUUCGUAGAGCCUCAAAGGGAUAAGUCUAAGCAGGCAUAUCAUACGAAAAUCGUCAAAAUGGCGGGUUCUGAGUCAUCCAAGAGACCGAAAUUGUCUCUCCAGACGAAGCCUUCGCCAGGACCAAGCACUAGAUCAGCGAGGGCGUUGCCAAAUGUUAAUCCUAGGUCACCGACGUCUUUCAAUACCCUCUCGAAUAAAUAUGUCACUGCCAUUGAAAGGUCGACACCAGUCCAGUCGACUCCUAUAACGGCUAUUAAUCUUCUUCAACCAUUGAAGCUUCAAACUGACCCAGACUCUCUCAAGGCUCGGCAGUCUAGAGUAGAGACGCCAUUCACUGCAACUUUGCCGGAUACUCCAUUAUCUGCGAACCCUAUCUCGCCAGCCCAGCAGAUGGAUAUAAUAUUUCCGAGCAGUAUGACGGCAACUCCCCCUAUGUCUGCCGGGCCAGUUGAGUCAUCCGAACCCAGCAAGUUCACGUUCGCCCACGCCGACUCGAAGAAACAGGCAUACCCGUACUCCCCUGCCCAAAGUCGACGUCGAGUAAUUUACACAGCUUAUGGGACACCUGCAAAAGCGCCAUAUACUCGUGACAGGUCGCUUCACAGUAUAUUACGAAACUCGCCUUUACCACCUCAAAGCGCUAGAUCGCCUAUCACGCCGACAAGGCAAUCGCGUCGAUUGCAAGAAAAAGCCAAUAGACAUGUGGGCUACGUGUCCCCACUAACGCAGACCAUUACGACCGAGAAAUACAUUAAGUCUCACGUCGACCUACUCGCAGACGAUGCAUCUCCAUACACACCUUCACCAGUUGCAGAAGACUCGGACAUGAUACUUGAUCUGGCAAUGGCGUACACGGGAGAUGAGACGCGCAAUGGCGGAGAAACACCAGGGCCGUUUGAAGAAAUGCGAAGGCGUAUGAAUGGAUUGGGUACAGAUUCGCCCAUCCUCUCACCUAGUGGUCGCGGGGUGCAUAAACGUAAGAGAAAGGAGAAGAGACGAAAGUGGGUUUGGACUAUUGGCCAGGAUGAUGAAGAAACUGAGAGUGGUGCGAUAGCUGCUCUCAAAGCUGCCGCGGAAUCUUCUACCCCUAAGAACUUGGCACCUACGUCCGUCCCCGUACUUCGUAUACCUGCGCCUGCGCCGGCGAAAGCAGCUACACCAGAACCCGUCACAGCAAUUCAAAUUAGCGUGGAACCUACCGGGUCAGAAUCGGACAUAACGGUCGAUCGUAUGGAUGUUGAGAUGUCCGAUGCGGAAAGCAGGCUCUCGAGUAGAGCUACGACACCCCACAGCGUCGAUCUAGAUAUGAAGACACCAAUUGCGCUGGCGCUUAACACGGAGGUGCCAAAAGUAGAGCGGCUUGGGUCUGUGGAUCCUAUCGAUCCCGAGACGGGCACUAGAAGGGACACACCGAUCCCACCAGACCUGGUGAAUAUCGAACAAUCGUGACCUGGGUAUCAAAUUCUGUUGGACAGAGUUACAGUAUGGAUGAUAUGGCUCAUCGGGGAUGAGAGCCGGUCUAGUUGGGGUCAAGGCAAUGGAAAAUGACAGGAACUUAUACGCAUACCGCAAGGCAUACGGGUGCAUUGGGCGGCAUGGCUUGUUUAGCAUAGGCGUUAUUCGAUACCAUCGCAUAGCGGGUUUCGUGCUUUGGUUACAUAUGAACGGAUAGGUACACGAGGACACGAUGGAUAUGAAAAUGAAAAUGUAAAUGAAUCAAACACAAAUGCACAAU